GGGAGGGUUCUUGAGAGAGAAUGAGCAAAGACCACAAAGGCAUUCUAAAGGCCUGGGAAGCAACUGUAAAGAAAUCAAAAGCAAAGAAGAGAGCAAACACCAUAUUUGGAACCAUGUCUGUAGCCCAUGUUGAUGAUGAUGAUCCCAGUACUGUCCCUGAUGAGCUUCAACAUGCAGAGAGAGCUCUACCAAAUGGGGACUUCUAUACUGGUCAAUGGCUUGAUAGCCUCCCUCAUGGCUAUGGCAAAUACCUCUGGACUGAUGGGUGUAUGUAUGUUGGUGAAUGGUACAGAGGCAAAACCAUUGGGAAAGGCAAGUUCAGCUGGCCAUCAGGAGCUACAUAUGAGGGUGAGUUCAAGAGUGGUUACAUGGAUGGCAAGGGCACGUAUACCGGUUCCUCAGGGACCACUUACAAGGGUUGUUGGGUAAUGAACUUGAAACAUGGACAGGGAACCAAGAGUUUUGCCAAUGGGGACUAUUACGAGGGCGAUUGGCGACAUGGGUUGCAAGAUGGCCAUGGAAGGUACCAAUGGAAGAAUGGGAAUCACUACAUUGGCCAAUGGAAGAAUGGGAUUGUCAAUGGCAAUGGAACCAUGAUUUGGAGCAAGGGAAAUAGGUAUGAUGGGUUUUGGGAGAAUGGUUUGCCUAAAGGAAAUGGGACUUUCAGAUGGGCAGAUGGGAGUUUCUAUGUUGGGUUUUGGAGCAGGGACCCUAAAGAGCAGAGUGGGACUUAUUACCCUUCUGGUUCUCCGACCAGGAGCAAUUUUGAUUGGGAUCCUCAAGAGGUGUAUUUAGAGGAUUUGAGUGAAUGCAAGAUUUUCCCUUGUGAGAAAGUGGCAGUAUUUCCAUCACAGAAGAUGCCAACUUGGACUUCUGAAGGGCAGCCGAAUUUUAAAGCCAAAGGGAAUGAUGGAAGAGCUAGGAGGAUGUCUGCUGAUGGGAGGAUUAGUAAUUACAGCAAUUGCAGUUGGGGCUCCUCAGACUAUGGCCUUGAUGGUGCUUUUGAUGGUAAUGAAGGGAGUUUAAGGAAUGGGGCAGAAAGUUUUGGGAAUCUUCAACCUGAAUCAGAAUCAAGAACGGGAAGCUAUAAGCAACCAUUGAGAAUACAGCCAGCAAAGAGGCAGCAAGGGCAGACAAUAGCGAAAGGGCAUAAGAACUACGAGCUAAUGCUUAAUUUGCAGUUGGGGAUCAGACAUUCUGUGGCAAGGCCUGCUCCAGCAACGACCCUUGAUCUUAAGUCUUCCGCUUUUGAUCCCAAGGAAAAAGUAUGGACCAAAUUUCCCCCAGAAGGAUCUAAGUACACCCCACCUCAUCAAUCCUGCGACUUCAGGUGGAAGGAUUACUGUCCAGUGGUUUUCAGGACUCUUAGGAAAUUGUUCAAUGUGGAUGCAGCUGAUUAUAUGCUAUCAAUAUGUGGAAACGACGCCCUGCGAGAGUUAUCUUCCCCUGGCAAGAGUGGAAGCUUUUUUUAUUUAACCCAUGAUGACCGUUACAUGAUAAAAACAAUAAAGAAGGCUGAAGUAAAAGUACUCAUAAGGAUGCUGCCUGCCUAUUACAAUCAUGUUCGAGCAUUUGAGAACACCCUAGUCACCAAAUUUUAUGGUCUGCAUUGCGUGAAAUUGACCGGUCAAGCACAGAAGAAGGUCCGAUUUGUCAUAAUGGGGAAUCUUUUUUGCACUGAGUAUGCCAUUCAUAGGCGCUUUGACUUGAAAGGUUCUUCUCAUGGUCGAUUAACUUCUAAACCUGAGUCAGAAAUCGACGAAACUACAACCCUCAAGGACCUUGAUCUCAAUUUCAUAUUUCGACUGCAGAAAGUUUGGUUCCAAGAGUUUUGCAGACAAGUGGAUAGGGAUUGCGACUUUCUUGAACAAGAGCGGAUUAUGGACUACAGUCUUUUGGUUGGCCUUCACUUCAGAGAGGCUUCAAAUAGGGAUUGCCUCACACCCCCUUGUACUUCUGGAGUUCGCACACCUACUGAAAAUGGAGAACCUGAUACUGAAGCAGGAGUCCCCCCUCGCCUUUCUAGAGUGGACAUGGAUCAGCUUCUUUUCGACCCAUCUAGGUGGGCUUCCAUUAAACUAGGCGUGAACAUGCCGGCAUUGGCUGAACGGACAGUGAGAAGAAGCGACUGCGAAUCUCAGCUGGUAGGAGAACCAACUGGCGAAAUGUAUGAUAUCAUCAUAUUUUUUGGUAUAAUUGACAUACUACAAGACUAUGACAUUAGUAAAAAGCUCGAGCACGCAUACAAAUCGAUGCAAUACGAUCCAACUUCAAUCUCUGCUGUUGAUCCGAGGCAAUAUUCAAAACGUUUUCGAGAUUUUGUUUUCAGAAUUUUCUUAGAAGAUACUUGAAAAGGUUUAGGUUGACACAUUAUUUUUGACUUGCUGGCCUAUGGCCAUGGCCAUGGCCAUCUGUGUAUAGUUUGGUCCUCGUCCGAGAUGAUAAUGCUUACCUGGUGAAUGCUACCAUAUUGGCCACCGACUUGGUUCAUUCAUGGCAGUUUGUGCUGGAAGAACAGUUGCAGACGUCAUGGUUUGGCAACACAUUCGCUUCCCUAUCUUGUCGAGCAAGUUUCAGUUACAGGUAUAUGAUACGUUCCUGUGAAAGGUAGAUUAGAGUGGUAGUAGAUUUGUAUGUUUUGAGAUUGUUUUGGUUGUAAAUGAAGCAAGAAAGCACUGGAAAAAAUGUCUUGAAAUGAUUCUUUUUGUCCAUAGAUUUUUUUUCAUAGGAGGUGAAGAGUCCUUUGUUAAUGAAGAACAUGUACAGGAGGAGAUGACAUAUGAGACCAACUUUCAGUUAUUGAUUUCAAAUGA